GUAAGUGAGAGAGAGUGUGUAUGUGUGUGUGAGAGAGAAAGAGAGAGAGAGAGACAGUAAGUCAGAGAGAAGGAAGACCAAAACUCAACAGCGUGUCAGCUGCUGUUGGCAGAGCACCUCAGCCUGAGCAGUCUCAGAGGAGAGAAGACAGCAGCAGGUUGCAUGUAUUCCUGUGGGCUGGAGGAGCCCUCAUCUCUACCUGGACGCCACACAAUGAAAAGCUACGUCUCCAACGCUCUCUCGGACUUCUUCUUCGAGUACGAGACCCCCCGGCAGGUGCUGGUGAGGAACAGGAGGGUGGGGGUUGUGUGUCGCUUGAUCCAGCUGGGGGUCCUAGCUUACAUCAUCGGGUGGGUGUUCAUCUAUGAGAAAGGCUACCAGUCCAUAGACACAGCAGUGGGCUCCACCUUCACCAAGAUGAAGGGAGUGGGCUACACCAACGUGUCUGGACACGAGAGGGUCUGGGACGUGUCCGACUAUGUUUUCCCUGAUCAGGGAGAUUCUUCUUUUGUUGUGAUGACAAACUACAUUGAAACAGAGGAUCAGACGAUGGGGAAAUGUCCAGAGCUCCCAGACAAGAACCGUUGCAGUUCAGACCGUGAUUGUGAAGAAGGGGAAUACAAACGUACGGGACACGGCCACAUGACAGGGAAGUGUGUGAACUCCACAAAGACCUGUGAGGUGCUGGCCUGGUGUCCCGUCGAAGACGACCGCACAAUACCAGAUCCCCCGCUCUUGAUAUCAGCAGAAAACUACACUCUGUUCAUCAAGAACUCAGUCACCUUUCCCCAGUUCGGUGUUUCAAGGAGCAACCUGGUGGAAGGGGUGGACAGCAAAUACAUCAGGAGAUGCUUGUACAACCCAGUUACAGACCCUCUCUGCCCCAUAUUCAGGCUGGGAGACAUAGUCAACCUAUCAGGCUUCAACUUUCCUACCAUAGCCAAAGUGGGAGGGGCCAUCGGCAUUGUGAUAGACUGGACGUGUAACCUGGAUUUGCACCGGAGCAAAUGCCGGCCCAGUUACACCUUCCACGGUCUCUAUGGAAACCCUGAUGAGAAGGACAUGGCCAGAACUUCUGUUGGCUACAAUUUCAGGUUUGCAAAGCAUUAUGUGGACGGUGGAGUGAAAAAAAGAACACUUUAUAAAGUGUUUGGGAUUCGAAUGGACAUCAUUGUUAGCUCAGUGGCAAGAAAAUUUGAUAUAAUUCCAACACUUACAGCUAUUGGCUCCGGAGUAGGCAUCUUCGGAGUGGCAACUGUGGUGUGUGAUCUGGUGCUGCUGAAUGUACUAUCCAAGAGAAAAUACUACAAGAACAUGAAAUUCAAAAACACAGGCACCGGGGAACAGGAGGCGGAUCUGGACGAGUGCGUGACAGAGGGAUCGAAGGAGUGAGUGGAUCAGAGGGGAACUCCUGGGCCCAGCUGUGUUCCAGCAGCCACUGCACUGAGUAGAGAACACUGAGACUGGAUAGGAGGUUUUACACUUCUCAAUGUCAUCAAUUGUCAUCCCUUACAGCCUAUAGAGGCUGGAAGUGAAGGGACGUUUUCUGUCUGCGAAACAUGGAUUGCUACACUCCCCCUUGGGCACCCCCCCUCCCUUCCUCCAACUGGACUCCUACCUGUCCUUCCAAGUGGCAUGUGUCUAAGACAAUGUUUUGUUCGUUUGUUACCUCAGAAAUGUAUGUGUUUUACUUUCACUACACUGUAAAUAUGUUGUUUAGGAUGGACUUGAACUCCAGUGUGGAUGAUCCUGCCAACUCUAGCAUGUUCGACCUUCUCACAGUGGACUCCAAGCGGUAGAACAGGUUUAGCUUGUUAGCCAUGCAGUUUAACAUCACCAUUGACAGUUUGCGAUUGUAGUGAAUCCAGAAAACCAUGUAGAGUUAUUCAUCUGUCAAUCCCUCUCUGCCUUCUAUACUUGUGUGGUCCACCUGGUGAAACUGUCUUCAUGUCAAAGUUGUAGGGUUCUACAUUAAAUUUGACUCAUUCUGAAGUCAUUCUGAUA